UUGAUCCCUUCGCACCACUACCGUGCCUACGCAAUAUCAGAAGACGCCCUAAGACGCUUUUUGAAACUUCGUUCUUGACAUGUGGCCCCUAGUGGAUCAUUAAAGUAGUCCCGCAUUUCCCCCCAUCUCUUGGGCUAUUAUUUUCCUCCAUCUUCUGAAGAUAUCUCCCGCUGCAAACAUGGAUCGUCCCGUUGAUGGAAUCAAUGCCAGUUUCGCCAGCACCUUGUGGUUUCUCUCAGGGAAAUAUUUGAUGACACUGGCCUGUUCCUGGCUGGCGAUUGUCGUGUUCUACCGACUCUAUUUUCACCCGUUGGCCAGAUUCCCUGGUCCAAAAUUCGCUGCGAUUUCGAGUCUAUACCAUUUCUACUACGAUGUGGUUCAGGGGGGAGAAAUGUUGUCGAAAUUGGCAGAAUUGCACAAGAUUUACGGUCCUGUCGUCCGUUAUGGACCCAACUCCCUGCACUUCAGUGAACGCCUAGCAUACGGCGAUAUCUAUCGAACGGGAACGAAUCUAACGAAGGAGCCAUUCUUCUACAAAUGUUUCUAUUUCACAGAGGCCUCCUUUGGAUUUACAGAUCCUCAGAAGCACAAGGCGCGUCGCGAGAUGAUGGCGCCCUUCCUCCAUCGACGGGCGGUACUUCGACUUGAAGGUGUUGUUCAAGCAACUGUUGAUAAGCUAGUAUCUCGCCUAUCUGAGAAUGCCGACGAACCUGUUGACUUUUAUUUUGCCUUCCGCGCUGUCGCUCUUGAAGUCAUCGCCACCUAUUGCUUUGGUCAAUCGUUUGGUUGUCUCGAUGUACCUGGUUUCCGUCACCAACUUCUUCUAAACAUUGCCAUCCAGAUCCAGAACCUUUGGGUCUGGAAAUGGUUCCCCCUGCUUCCCGUAGUUCUCAUGAACUUGCCGGACUUUAUCAUUCUUAGACUUGACCCUACUUUGCGUGCCAAUCUCGACCUUCGUGAUAUGCUCACGAAGCAAAUCGACAACUUUGUGGAUAAUGAAGAUAAUCUUAAAAACAAUGCACACGAAGUGAUUUACCACCAUUUGUUGCAUCCAAGCUCGGAGAGACAUACGAGGCCAUCCAAGAGUUCUCUCCUGGACGAGGCAAUGCUUCUAAUUGAGGCGGGAAGUGAUACCGUUGGAAACACAUGCUACACCGGGACGUUCUACGGACUCAAUGAUCUCUACAUCUACAAGAAGCUAACGGCAGAGCUCCAAGACGUAUGGCCCGAUCAGAACCAGCCUAUGUCUCUUCAAUCGCUUGAGAAACUGCCCUACCUUACUGCCUUUAUCAAGGAAUCCCUUCGCCUAAGUCAUGGGGUAGUCACUGCGCUACCUCGCGUUGUGCAGAAAGCAACUCGAAUCUCCGAUUAUGCCGUCCCAGCAGGAGUCGACGUGUCGAUGGCCGUAAGCUUUGUCCAUCUCGACCCCGAGGUCUUUAAGGACCCUCUGCAUUUCAACCCGGACCGAUGGCUCGCUCCAAACGCACAAGAGCUAGAAAACUCCCUAGUGGCUUUUUCACGAGGGACGAGGAUGUGCGCGGGAAUCAAUCUGGCUUGGGCAGAACUAUAUCUUAUCCUCGGCAACGUGUUCCGCAAGCUGGAUUUGAAGAUAUAUGAUGGCGCGAGGGUUGAGGAAUUCGCUCAUUUCAAGGAGUACUUCGUUCCAGUACACCGGGGACAAAACCUAAAAGCGCAUGUGGUGAAGCGGUCUGGUUGAGAGUAUUUUGUAAACGUUUUCCCACUGCUGGGAGGAGACGUCCAUACACAGUAUGCCCGAAAUUAAUUUUCGUAACGUAGGAACGAACAUCGCUACUUAUAAC